AUGAAGACAGCAGUGGGCACAGAAAACCAGACCUCUCUGACAGAAUUCAUCAUGAUGGGCCUUUCCUCAGAUCCAGACACCCAGAUCCUGCUGUUUGUGCUGUUUCUCAUCGUCUACCUGCUCACCGUCUGUGGGAAUCUGCUCAUCAUGGUGCUGAUUCAUGUUGACUCUCGACUUCAUACACCAAUGUACUUUUUCCUUAGAAAUCUGUCCUUCACUGAUCUCUGCUUCUCUACUACGAUUGUCCCACAGAUGCUACUCCAUUUGCUGGCAAUGAGAAAGACCAUAUCCUUGAUUGGGUGCUCAGUGCAGAUGUUUUUAUUCCUAGUAGCUGGGUGCACAGAGAGUGGCCUCCUAGCAGUGAUGUCCUAUGAUCGCUAUAUUGCUGUCUGUAAGCCCCUGCACUACUCUACCAUCAUGACCCAGAGGGUAUGUGUUUAUCUGACCACAGGGUCUUGGGCCAUUGGAGUCUUUGUGUCCCUAGUAGACACAUCGUUUACAUUAAGUCUCUCCUAUAAUAGACAGAAUGUAAUCAAUCACUAUUUUUGUGAGCCUCCUGCACUCUUGAAGUUGGCUUCUGAAGAAAUCUACAAAGCUGAGAUGGUCAUCUUUGCAAUGGGUGUACUAAUCAUCCUUGGACCUAUGUCUCUUAUCCUUUACUCUUACUGGAAUAUUAUUUCCACAGUGAUGAGGAUCCAGUCAGGGGAUGGAAGACUGAAGGCCUUCUCUACCUGUGGUUCUCACUUUGUUGUUGUUCUUUUCUUCUAUGGCUCCACAAUAUUUACCUACAUGCGACCAAACACUAAGAAAAUGAAUAAAGGUGAUAAGGUGAUCUCUGUGUUCUACUCAGUCAUAACAUCUAUGAUGAAUCCAUUCAUUUACAGCCUGAGGAACAAGGAUGUGAAGGAAGCAUUUAGGAAACUAUUUGGAAGACAGAGUCUGUGA